AUGAGUGCCACCCUGGGUGUCACCAAAUUAAACACAGAGAAGCAAAAGCAAUUCAUCCAGGGGGGUGACCUGGAACACACCCAUUUGGGGAAAGGGAAGGAUGUUGCUUUGCUUCAAAGAAUUCGAUCGGAAACCGCUAACAAAGAAAGGAGGCUGAUGGAAAAGGCUCAGAGUACAUCUGAUAACAACGAGGAGCCUGAAUUGCAAACACCCUUGGGUCGUACUAUCUACCAAGCACUAUUCCAGAAGAACAAGCCUGAUGCCGAGCCGAACAAAUUGUUCCUUCCAGGCCGCAUGGCCUACCUGGUAAACCUGAAUGAUGACGCUGAAUCGGAUAUCCCUCUCACCGUGAUCCGAGACAAGGCCGAUUGUCCCAGCGUGGAGCCUCAAACCUUUGUGAACACAAGUGACACCAUCAUCAGCAAGCUCACCCAGGUGUUUUCACACUUAGGGCAGGAUACCUACAGUAAGAAAUACAGGAAGAAGGAUCAAGGCGAGAAGAGACCUUUUGAAGCCAGCAGCACUUUUUACAACAUUGAGGACCGUAUGACUCCUAUUCCCAAGACAUCAUGGGACAAGAUGAUGGCGAGAUCCAGGGAAUACCUUGCAGAGAGAAACAAGGAACUGAACCGAGAGUGGCUUCGAGAUCAAGCCUUCAAGACAGCGAAGAGAAGAAGGUUUCGGUCCCUUGAGAAAUCCAGAAUAGCUCUCCAAAAAGAACUGGAGUCGACCACGAAACUGAUGAAGUCCAUGAACAUCCAGUCCUCUCUGGAAGGCACUGAAUCCCUAAAGAAGCUUGACCUCAAGAAACACCUGGGAGACCAUUAUACUACAGCCAACUCAUAUAUGGAAUGCUACCCUACCACAGUGAGUGACACCCUGGAGAAUAGCUACAAGGAAAAGAUGGAGUUUCUGGAGGAUAAGAGGAGUUACAGCAAAGAUCUCUUACAUCGCAGGGAUUUUGAAACUCAAGCUGAAUACAAGGAGUAUCUGAGAAACAAAAUUUGCUCCCGGAAUGUUAUUGCAAUGCUUGAAGGGUGGAAAACCUGGCGGUUCAGGGAGGAUUAUGACAAAGCUAAGCGUCAUCGCCAGCGAAAGAAGAAAGAAGGUAGUAAGCCUGAAGUCAAAAGACUAAAAUACCCAUCACCAGUUGCAGCUGAUGAAUAUUCCCACGGCUUGCUUUCUGAAAUUCCCAACAAAGAUACAAGAUACCCUGUGUGA